GUUGUUUGCAGUUAGGCCCCCGCGUUAUUUUAAGCAAAUGUCCGCCCGUUUGAACUCAUUGUCUCCGGCCCUUGUGCAACGGUCUCUCUCCUUCUCUCAAAGCAAAAACCCAAAAUCAAUCUCCAUUUUUCCUCUUUUGGCUUCUUCUCAUUUCCCCAAAUUAAUGCACCGUCUUUCAAUGCUCAAAUCCAUGUCUAGAUCACGAUGUUUCAUCAAACAAAGAGUUAUAUGUGUCCCAGCUUCAUUUCUUAGUGUAGUUAUGACGUAUUGAAUGUCGAAACCAAGGAGGAAUUUGCUUUAUGUAAAGAGAUGAAUUUGUGAGGACAUUUUCCCUUCUGACUCAUUAUUGAAGACCUUUUGUUUGCCUAUAUUGUCUUGGAGUUUGAAUGAACAUUUUGCUAGCUUUGGACUUGGAAAAGUUUGGGAGAUUAUGCACUUUACUUUCUGAAGAAAUUUGUGUAGCAUCUACUACUUUUUCUGUUCUUGAUGCAAAUCAAAGCUGGUUUUUAGAAAAUAAGCAUUUGAUAUGAUGUAGAGUCGCAGGCUUGUGUAGUAUCUGGAAUCCAGUACUUUCAAUUCUUGGUGUGAAUUUAUAAGUGGUUGAGUCAAUGGGAGAUAUUGUGGGUUAAGUUUGUAAAUAGGAAAAGGAAACGUGGUUUACCCGUUUAAGUUUGAGAAACAAUUGCACAACUACCAUUGGAUCUUGGGAAACUAAGUAAAUAUAGACUCCAUAUGUCAGAAAAUGUUCAUGGUAGCCAUAAAAAGUAGGUUUGGUUGACAUCAUGGCAAGCAAUACUCCUGUUACUUCAAGCCCAAGGUCAUAUCACGAUAAAGCAAUUAUCGUGUCAAAUGACAGAGCUGCUACAGAUAGGAAUGUAAAUAAUAUUUGUGCACAGACCGGUGAGGAAUUUUCUACAGAGUUUUUAAGGCAUCCUGGUGCUCUAAGAAGAAUAGCACUGACAACAGAUGUAGAUCAUCUCCAACCUAGUCUAACAGCUUUUAAUUACAAUCAGAACUGUCAGCAGGUUUGCAAAGAUCUUAAAUGCAUUCCUGGAUUAAGGAGGAAGGACUCUGAAUAUAAUUCAGAUGUUCCAGAUUUUGUUUCAGGAACAGUAUGCCCAACGGAAGUAGAUAAGAACGCUUAUCCUGAUCUCUUUAGCGGUUAUGACUGGCAAUAUGGUGCUAAUGGACAAAAAUUGGGUCAGUUUUCUGAUGUAAGUUACUUUGAUCAAGUUACUCCAGGGCCAACCUUACCUCAGUUAUAUGUAGUGGAGUCCCCUCAAUCACACCAACCUAAUAGCCCAGGAGUUACAGAAGGUGCUUUCGCCAGUAAAAUGAAAUUUCUUUGCAGCUUUGGGGGCAGAAUAUUACCAAGGCCAAGUGAUGGGAAGCUUAGAUAUGUUGGUGGAGAGACACGGAUAAUAUCCAUUAGGAAAAACCUCACUUGGGAGGAACUUGCAAGAAAGACGGCUGCAAUUUGCAACCAACCUCAUACUAUCAAGUACCAGCUCCCUGAUGAGGAUCUUGAUUCUCUAAUAUCUGUUUGUUCUGAUGAGGAUCUUCAUCAUAUGAUAGAGGAAUAUCAGGAACUGGAAAGAAAUGGGCGUUCUCAGAGACUGCGCUUAUUUCUCGUGUCUUUAGGUGAAGCUGAGAGUCCAAGUUCCUUUGAAGGAAGGACUCCACGGCAGAAUGACACUGAUUAUCAGUAUGUUUUUGCUGUUAAUGGAAUGCUGGAUGUAAGUCAGAACUCUAAUGGGCAGAGUUUAGCAAGCCAAACAGCCCAGUUGGGAAAUGCUUCAGAUUAUAGUCCAAGUUUUUAUAGAGACUCUACUACAUCUGCUCAUGCUUUCGAGAAUAAGGAUUAUAGUACAAGUUCCCCUAAUGUUGUGGGGAUGUUCUCACAUCCAGCUGCUCAACUUUUAUCCAAUCUUCAGAUACCAAGUAGAUCAUUUAACCAUUCCCCUCCUCUUUCUCCGGGUCAAGUUCAGCAAGGAGAUCUUAAGAAUUCCCAUUUGCAGUUUUUUGUGGAUACAUCAUGUUUUGAUCAUAGCACUGAAGGCAUUAAUCGUUUUAUUGUGGAAACACAUCCAUGUAGUAAAUCCUAUUAUAUGGAUGCCACUAGCUAUCAUAAUAAUCGUCCUCAUGUUCCUCUUCCAUUGAUGAACCACCAUCAUCAUAACCAACAUCUUUUAGAAAAUAUUCUGAGUAACAAAUCCCAUGAAAAGCAUUUUCACAAUCGAAGCCCCAGUGGAGAUUUUAUUUCUUAUCCACUGCAUAGUCAAAAUAUUGUGAGCCCUGACAGACCUAUGCUUAAGGAGAGGACACUUUCUGACUCACAGUUACAGGGACAGGAUGAGAGGUACAGUUCCUUCUUGAAAGAAGUUACGCAACAGGCUCCCUAUAAUAGUGGAAGAGAAAAAUCACCCUCACUAGCAAUGUCAACUAGCUCUCAAGAGUGGCUUAUGCAACGGCAAGAGAGAGAUGAUGGAAAGUGCCAAGUGGCCAAACAUGAGAUUCAGGCCACUUUCAGGAGAGCAGACAACAACGAAAAUUUGGAGCUUAGUCAAGAGAAGUCAAAGUGGAUUGGCUGGUGUAAUGAGUCUUCCAAUGAAGAAAGGAAGAUUGAAAGAAAUGCUGAAGUUACAUCACACAAUGGCUCCAUCACAGAUAAGAGUUUGCCUAACUUGAACAACUUGCCUAGUGCUUCUCCUCCUGCAAAAGACUUAGUUGGCUCUGGAGACUCAUUGUUUUCUUCACCAGUCAUCAUUGUCCCAAAUUCUGCAGAUACCAGGGAGCAUCUUCAUGGUUACAAAUUAAACAUAGGCACACCUGAAUCUCAUAUCAGACACCAAAGUGCCACGAGGGAUGAGCAACAUACUAUGAUUGAUGUGGUGAGCAGUCAAUCUAUUGCACUUGGAUCUCCUAAUCUACAACCUGCUACAUCUCACAAAUUGGCUGACCAAGAACCCACAAUAUCAGGCUCUAAUUUGACUUCAGACAAUGCUUCAAGUACACAGGCAUUUUUCCAUGGUGAAGGAGCUGCCAAUCCUGACCACAAGCCAGUAGAGGUUAGCAGCAGCAGAUACUUUUACCAAAGGUCAAAAUUAGAAGAUGUUACCAGUGUCCAAUCACAGCCCUCUGAUAAUCCUUAUGAUGGCAUGGUGAUUGAAUCAGCUGUUAUUAUCGAGGAUGUUACCAGUGAUGCACCACUUGACAUCCCCUCAUCUUCGGCUGUUGUGCCACAUAAGCAAGAUAUGACCAGUGAUGAAAUUCAAUCUACUAGAGAAACAAAGGAAGAAAUAGAAUCUGAUUAUGAGGAUAUGAAGAGUGGUGGAAAAAGUGCAGAUGAAUCUAUGACUGAUGCAAAAAUGGUUGAAAUUGAAUCUGGAAUCCAUGGUUUACAGAUCAUAAAGGAUGCUGAUAUUGAAGAACUUCAUGAGUUAGGAUCAGGUACAUUUGGAACCGUUUUUUAUGGAAAAUGGAGGGGAACAGAUGUUGCUAUUAAGAGAAUCAAAGAAAGUUGUUUUUUGGGCAGGUCGUCAGAGCAAGAGCGGUUGACUAAUGAAUUUUGGAGAGAAGCACGAAUUCUAUCAAAACUUCAUCAUCCAAAUGUAGUGGCUUUUUAUGGGGUUGUCACUGAUGGACCUGGAGGAACUAUGGCAACUGUUACUGAAUACAUGGUGAAUGGAUCAUUAAGGAAUGCCCUUCUAAAGAAAGAUAGGGCACUUGAUCGUCGUAGAAAGCUUGUAGUUGCACUGGAUGCAGCUUUUGGCAUGGAAUAUUUGCAUUUUAAAAAUAUUGUCCAUUUUGAUUUGAAGUGCGACAAUUUGCUUGUCAACUUGAGGGAUCCUCAACGACCCAUAUGCAAGGUUGGAGAUUUUGGGUUGUCAAGAAUCAAGCGCAAUACUCUUGUAUCUGGUGGGGUGCGUGGAACUCUGCCAUGGAUGGCACCGGAGUUAUUGAACGGCAGUAGUAGCCGGGUUUCAGAAAAGGUUGAUGUUUUCUCAUUUGGUAUUGCAUUAUGGGAGAUUCUAACUGGGGAAGAACCAUAUGCUAGCAUGCAUUGUGGUGCAAUAAUUGGUGGAAUUGUAAAUAAUACCCUCAGGCCUCCUAUACCAGAACGUUGUGAUCCUGAAUGGAGAAAGUUAAUGGAAGAAUGUUGGUCCUUUGACCCUGCAGCCAGGCCAUCAUUUACAGAGAUAACAAACAGGCUGCGUGUAAUGUCAGCGGCAUUGCAGCCAAAACGGCGUACCGCAAUUAGAUGAAACCAAAAAUCCCCCCCUGUAAAUCACAUAUAUAUAUAUAUAUAUAUAUCUCGAAAAAGUGUAGAUUCAUGGUUUAAGUAACUCCCAUACAGCCCCACUGAUGCAGAGAUUUAACCUCUCUAAAUUGAAUGUACAUAUA